AUUCUAACCCCCAUUUGGCAGGAGAGCAGCGUUUCAGAGCUCGACGAAACGACCUUUCUCAGUGAUUAUGUCAAUGUUUACCUCAGUUUUUGCAGCAUUGAGCGCCAGGCAAAGUCUAAACUUGUAAAGAAAGCAGAAAGUUGCUCAAGACAUGGCAUCCCAAAUCAGGCUGAAGCUGCUGCCGAGCGCCAGGUGUCUGUUUGAUGAGCCCAUUCGGGUGAAGGUGGCCGGGCUGAAGUCGAGGCAGGUGGUCACCAUGAGAGCCAGAUCGACCGACGACAAGGGAGUGGUGUUCAGCUCUGCGGCCACCUACAGGGCUGAUGAAAGCGGGGAGGUUGACUUGAAUAGAGACCCCUCACUCCGCGGGAGCUACGUUGGGAUUGAACCGAUGGGUCUGCUGUGGUCCAUGACAGCUGACACUUUGCACAAAAGGCUUCAAAAGACAAAUGCGCUUAACCCCUAUGUGGUGAAGUUCUCAGUGCAUGAGGAAGAAGGUGAGGGUCGGAUGCUGGCAGAGGCGACUAAUGAGAGGCUUCUGAUGGGAGACGGGGUAAGCCGGGUCCCCAUCAAAGAGGGGAACAUUCGAGGAGUCCUGUUUACUCCUCCAGGCAGAGGUCCGUUCCCUGCUGUUUUGGAUCUGUACACUUUUGGUGGAGGUCUGUCAGAGAAAAGGGCCUCUAUGCUGGCCAGCAGAGGAUUUUUGGUUCUGACUGUUGCUCUGUAUGGCCACGACGACCUGCCCAAAAACGUUAAAGAAAUCCACCUGGAUUAUUUGGAAGAAGCAGUCGAGUUUCUAAAAAAACAAGCUAAGGUUUCAGGUAAAGGAGUUGGUGUAAUAUCCCUUUCCAAAAGUGGAGAUCUUGCACUAUCAGUUGCUUCUUACCUAGCAGGUGUUGAGGCCACAGUAUGGAUCAAUGGCUGCUCUGCCAAUGUAGCUUUGCCUCUCUACUAUAAGAAAAGACAAAUACACUCUGCAUUAAUGUAUGAUGUAAAGAAAAUAAUUCCCACUGAAUCAGGGGCCAUCAUCACUAAAUAUGCUGUAAACAAUCCUCUGGCAGAGGAGAACAAGGGCAGCCUGAUCCCCAUUGAAUGCGCCAAGGGACAUUUCCUUUUUGUAGCUGCAGAGGACGACCUCAACUGGGACAGCAAGGCCUAUCUGGAUGAGAUGGUGGCGAGACUGAAGCAUCAUGGGAAGGAGAACUUUGAUAGUGUGUCUUACCCAGGAGCUGGACAUUACUUAGAGCCACCUUAUGGACCCUACUGCCCCUCCAGCUUCCAUGGGGUUGUAGGCAAGCCAGUCCGGUGGGGGGGUAAGCCCAAGUCCCAUGCAGCAGCUGAGGUCCACCUGUGGAAGAAGAUCCAAGAUUUCUUCAGGAUUCACCUGAGUUGGGAUGCUGCACACACUAAAGCCAAGUUAUAGGUUCAAACAAGAUAAGAAAGAAUACCCCCCCCCCCC